CUAUGUUAGUGAGGACCAAAAUGUGACAAAACACCUUUUAAGUGAGGACCUUUUGGUAAAGUGAGGACAAAAUCGUGGUCCUCGCUUUAUUUUGCUCAAUAUAGUCCCCAGGAGGGGGUGGGGCAUUGUGCUAUGCAAAUUUCUCAAAUGUCCUUAUUUCAAUAUCAGAUCAUGACGAGGCUGUGUUUCCUUUAUUCUCAUGAGCUCCCUCUAAAGGAUAAGGACGUGUACUGCAGCCGAUUUAUUAUUGGCUGAAAGAGAAAAGCUUAGUGUUUUGAUUGGUUGGCUUGGUGACUUUUGGUGAUUGGUAGGCCAAUGAAAAGUACAUAUCUUUAAAAGAAACUGUAUUUAUUUCCUAAAUAUUUUAGACAAAUGAAAUCCAAGUUCCAUGAUUUUCAAUGCUAAUCGGUGUGGGUUGUAUACUUUUUGUGGGUUUUAUGGUUUUUGUGGGUUUUAUGCUUUUGGCGCCAGCAUUAAUUCACGUGGAGUAAAUUAAUCGAGCUCGUGUUCUGCACGUGACAGUGAUACGUAGAACAUGUCGGAGCGAUUUAUUCGGAGACUGGCACGACUGCGGGAACACCACAGAAUCUGUGAAGAGAGACACCAGAGAAGCAUUUUAAAGGAAGAAGUAAGUACUGUUGUAAAAUAUUAACUAUAAACUGUCGAUUUAUUUAACAUUAGCAUCCGUGUUGUUUGAUGACUAAAGAUAGACGGAGAGUUUUUUUUUUUAAUAAGCUCCCCUCCCCCAGCGCUCUGCCUCGUGUGGGGGAAGGUAGCUUGCUUGUGCAGGCUGCAUUGUGUAACGUUAUCGCUUCACACUUAUAGUAAGUUACAGUACUGUAAUAAACUACAUAGUUUAUAUAUUGCAGUCUUUAUGAUGCAUAUAUAUAUGAAUAACCCAAAUAUUUACCACUGUAAUUAAGAAAUGUAUAUUUUGAAGUAUGCUAAAUUGUUGAUUGGGCUUAGUUAUUGUUUAAAUUACGCUUUACAAAUUGUUAAUCUUACACAUUUUAAUGUAGAAUAUAGUAAAGGCUGACUGCCAAAUUUGUCCCCUUCUUAAAAAGUAUUUUUAAUCGGUAUACUGUAUAAUUUUAUAUUUAUAUUUGUAUACAUGGCGUUAAAUAUAAAUCAUUAAAUAUAAACUGUCGAUUUAUUUAACAUUAACAUGUAUGUGUUGUUUGAUGACUAAAGAUAGACGGAGAGUUUUUUUAAUAAGCUCCCCUCCCCCAGCGCUCUGCCUCGUGUGGGGGAGGGUAGCUUACAAAAACACUCUGUGCAGGCUGCAUCGUGUUUAACACCCGCUUCACUUCACACUUAUAAUGAAAACUUCACACCAAGAAGGACAGAAAAGGGAUGAGGAGGACCAAGACGGACAGAAGAGGACUGAAGAGGACCAAGACGGACAGAAAAGAGAUGAUGAGGACCAGGAUGGACAGAAAAGGGAUGAAGAUGACCAAGAUGGACAAAACGACACACCUGAUUUUGUCCAGGAAGUUUGUAUAGAGGAGCAAUCCAACCAGGGCAACAAGGACUCAAGUGAUCUAGAUGAGAGCGAGGGCUCAGUCUUUGUUCCUUCAGCCGAGGAGUCUACUGAUGAGGAUGAUUUUAAUUCAGAAGAGUCGGAAGUUGAAAAGACCAAUCGAAAGACAACAAAAGAAACCAUUCAUUCAUCUAAAGAGGUCAAGAAGGCAAAGCAAAAAAGUCCAAAAAAGAUUACUAUCAAAACGUGUCAGCAGAAUCCUGAAGGCAAACGUAAGUGGAACAAAAAACAGUACUGUGUGUUCUGUGAAAAGGCACAAAGCAAGAUUGCUAGACAUCUUGAAAGAAGUCAUUCCAAUGAAUCAGAAGUUGCUAAAGCCUUGAGUUUUCCCAAACAUUCAAAGAAACGGCGAAUUCUUCUUGAACAGCUUCGGAACCAAGGUAAUUAUUAUCAUAACAUAAAAGUCUUGGAAACCGGACGUGGUGAGAUCGUUACAUGGCGACAACCAACAGCAGAUGCAAACAUUUCUGAUUUCCUUCCCUGCCCAGAUUGUCUGGCUUUUUUCAUGAAAAAAGACUUAUGGAAGCACUCUAAGACAUGUAGGGGACAGCAGGAUGUGAAAAAAGCAAAAGGGGAGCGAGUGAGAUCAGCUGCAGCCUGUCUGAUACCAAUCCUAGCAAAGUCCUCUGGUGGUAUUAGAUCUCUCUUGCAAAGUAUGAGACAAGAUGAAGUAGCCGAAACAAUUAUGAAGGACAGUUUGAUUUGUCUCUAUGGUGAAUCACUUUAUACAAAGUGUGGCCACGAUAAAUCACAGCAUCAAUACAUCAUUCAGAAAAUGAGAGAGCUGGCCAGGUUUAUGAUUGAAGUCAAGUCAAAAUCCAAGAAAGUGAGAAACCUCACAGAGCUCUGUAACCCUGAGAACUUUCCCCUAGCCAUCACAGCUUGUAAACAAGUGAGCAACUAUCAACCAGAUUUAAAUACAUUUAAAACCCCAUCUCUUGCUCUGAAGAUCGGAUACUCCUUGAAGAAAGCUUGUCAGCUCAGUUUGGGACAAAGUUUAAUGGCAGGGGACAGAGACUCUGAGAAGAAGAUAAAAAACUUCAUCAAGUUAAUUGACAGUCAUUGGCGUAACAACAUUUCGAGUCAGGCCCUCAACACCUUGCAGCAGAGCAAAUGGAACAAGGGUGACACCAUCCCUCUUACGGAAGAUGUUGUGGCUUUACAAAAGCAUCUUAAAAGUGUGGAGCAGAUCUCAAAAGAAAAACUCAAAGAGAAUAUGCAUGGCGCUGAAUGGAAAAUCUUGGCUGAGACUUUACUCUGUCAAAUUAUUCUUUUUAAUAGGAGACGUGAAGGUGAGGCAUCCAAAUUGCUCCUUACAUCAUAUGUAAGUCGAAGCGUGAAGCCUCCAAACGAAGAUGUGGUCAGAUCUCUAACUAAAUUAGAACGGGAGUUGUGCAAUGAGCUUAUUCGAUUAGAAAUCAGAGGGAAAAGAGGCAAGAAAGUGCCUGUCCUGCUGACGAAAGACAUGGUUGAAUCCAUGGACCUGCUUAAUAAAAACAGGAGCAAAGUAGGCAUCCAAGAAGCCAAUCCUUACGUUUUUGCAAGACUAGGGGCUUUAACGCACAUCCGCGGAUCAGACUGUCUGAGGAAAUUUUCAAAACCAUGUGGUGCAAAAGACCCAAGGAGCCUUACGUCAACAAAACUAAGAAAACAAAUUGCAACACUCAGUCAGGUCAUGAAUUUAAAGAACAAUGAACUUGACCAAUUAGCCAAAUUUCUAGGGCAUGAUAUAAGAGUGCACCGUGAGUACUACAGACUGUCUGAAAACACGAUUCAACUUGCAAAAGUAAGCAAGUUGCUUUUGUCCUUGGAGAAAGGUUCUGAUUGCUAUAAUGGAAAAUCCCUGGAGGAGAUUAGAUUUAGUACAGAAGAGCCUGAAAAUGACACAUGCCCUGCUUCCAGAUGCCUGCAAGAGCAUGAAUGCCAAGCAAUAGAAAAAGAUGCUUUAGAAAAUGAAAACAAACAACCCUCUACCUCGAGAAACUCUGUCGGUCGCAAGGAUCGCGUCACAGAAACUGAUGUUUCAGAAAAUGAAAACCAACCACGCUCUACCUCGAGAAACUCUGUCGGUCGCAAGCGUCGCGUCACAGAAACUGAUGAUUCAGAAAAUGAAAACCAACCACGCUCUACCUCGAGAAACUCUGUCGGUCGCAAGCGUCGCGUCACAGAAACUGAUGUUUCAGAAAAUGAAAACCAACCACGCUCUACCUCGAGACACACUGUCGGUCGCAAGCGUCACGUCACAGAAACUGAUGAUUCAGAAAAUGAAAACCAACCACGCUCUACCUCAAGAAACUCUGUCGGUCGCAAGCGUCGCGUCACAGAAACUGAUGUUUCAGAAAAUGAAAACCAACCACGCUCUACCUCGAGACACACUGUCGGUCGCAAGCGUCACGUCACAGAAACUGAUGAUUCAGAAAAUGAAAACCAACCACGCUCUACCUCGAGAAACUCUGUCGGUCGCAAGCGUCGCGUCACAGAAACUGAUGAUUCAGAAAAUGAAAACCAACAACCCUCUACCUCAAGAAACUCUGUCAGGCGAUCUCCUGCAAAAAAACAACACAUUUUAGAAAUGUUCACAGAUAAGAAAGCUCCUAAGAGGCCAUGGAGCAAAGAAGAGCAGGGCGCUGUAAAGGGCACACUAGGAAAAUUUUUUGCCUUGAGAAAAGUUCCUGGAAAAGCAGAUUGUCAGUUAUGUCUGGAUGCAAAUCCAGUGCUCAACUCAAGAUCUUGGCGUGAUGUUAAAAACUUUGUCCACAACACUAUUCAGUCUAUGAAAAAGAAGUUGAACAUUUAGUUAAUUUAGUUUUAAUAAUUUUCUUUUGUUUAAUUUUCAGAGAAAUUGAGCACUUUAUAUUUUAUCUUUUGUACUUUGAAACAAAAUCCAUUUCUCAUUAACAUUUGCCUUUUCAGAGGAAGCACUUUACUGUUGUUGUUGUUGUUGUUUUUAGAAAUACAAAUAUUCUUACAUAAACUUUAGUUUCAUUUCCAAAGUGGAAGUGAACAUACAAAGUCAAAAUAGAAUGAUUUCUACUUUUUUUUUCUAAAUGCACUUUAAUUAGUUUCUUAAAGUUUGCACUGACCAUUGUGCAAAAAUGCAUUUCUGUUUUUCAUUUUCUGUUUAAUUCUGUUAAAGGCCACCCAAAAUUAAAAUUCUGUCAUCUUCUCACUCUCAUUUUCUCACCUGUAUACAUUUCUUUGUUCUGAACAUAAAGUAAGAUAUUUUAAGUAAUGUUUGUAACUGAACCGUUUAUGAGCCCCAUUUACUUUCAUGGUAGGAAAAUAUAACUAUUGGACUAUAGAAGAAAUGUAUACAGGUAAGAAAAUGAGAGUGAGAAAAUGAUGACAGAAUUUUUGGUUGAACUAUUCCUUUAAGUUUUUAUUGUAAUGCAUGUUAGUCUUUUGUUCUGUUCUGUUGUUUCCUUGUUUGUAUAUUUCCUGUUUUGAUUAGUUAUCUGGCUGGUCUCAGUUGUUUGCGAACAUGAAUAAUAUUGUGUUGUGACCAAAUAUAUGGGCAGUUAUCCCAUGCAGAAUGAAAAGUAUUGUUUUUUGUAUUGCUUAUUUGUGCCAAAACUCAUUGAGUAUGAAGUGAGCUGAUACUGUAUGAAUAAACCCUCUCCUAUAUGGCUUUAUGGAGUUUUCCGGACAGCAUUUGGAUUAAUCCAGAACUAGGCCUCAGGUUUUUUAAGGACAAUUAAGGGUUUUUAACAAACAUACCUUACAAAAACUAUUUCAGAUAAAUGGUGUUCUUUUGAACUUUCUUUUCACGAAAGAACUGUUUAUAGCAUUAAUAAUUAUCAUAAAUGUUUCUUGAUCUUUAAAUCCUGUUAGAAUGAUUCUGAAGGAUCAUGUGACACUCAAGACUGGAGUAAUGAUGCUGAAACAUCACAACAAAUUAGAUGGGCAGAUAGAUAGGUCCUUUAUUAAUCCCCAGUAUGAAAAUUGUGCAGCUGUACGGAAACACUGUCAAGUACUUGCAGACAAUGCACUACAACCAAUAGUGCAUACUACAGUUUAUACUACAUAUACGUACAAUAUACAAUACAAUAGAAUAUCUUAUGAACAUACAGUGCAUGAUGCAUCUCUUAUACACAAAGUAAUAAAAUACAUAUACCACAU